CGGGCAGCGGCUCCUCCUCCUCGGACUGCAGGAUUAAUAACUAAUAUUUAUAUAAGACAGAAGAGAAAGAUGUCAUUUCGUAAAGUAAACAUCGUCAUCCUGGUCCUGGCUGUUGCUCUCUUCUUACUGGUUUUGCAUCAUAACUUCCUUGGUCUGAACAGUUUGCUGAGGAAUGAGGUUUCAGAUUCAGGAAUUGUGGGGCCUCAGCCAGUGGACUUUAUCCCAAAUGCUCCCCAACGUGUGGUAGAUGGGAGAGACGAAGAGAUUCCUGUGGUCAUUGCUGCAUCUGAAGACAGGCUUGGAGGGGCCAUUGCAGCCAUAAACAGCAUUCAGCACAAUACUCGCUCCAACGUGAUUUUCUACAUUGUUACACUCAAUGGCACAGCAGACCAUCUCCGGUCCUGGCUCAGCAGUGGUAACCUGAAAAGUAUCAGGUACAAAAUUGUGAAUUUUGACACUAAACUUUUGGAAGGGAAAGUAAAGGAGGAUCCUGACCAGGGGGAAUCCAUAAAACCAUUAACCUUUGCAAGGUUCUACUUGCCAAUUCUGGUUCCCAGAGCAAAGAAGGCCAUAUACAUGGAUGAUGAUGUAAUCGUGCAAGGUGAUAUUCUUGCCCUGUACAAUACACCACUGAAGCCAGGACAUGCAGCUGCAUUUUCAGAAGAUUGUGAUUCAACCUCUGCUAAAGUUGUCAUCCGUGGAGCAGGGAACCAGUACAAUUACAUUGGAUAUCUUGACUAUAAGAAGGAAAGAAUUCGUAAACUUUCCAUGAAAGCCAGCACCUGCUCAUUUAAUCCUGGAGUUUUUGUUGCAAACUUGACAGAGUGGAGAAGACAGAAUAUAACUAGCCAGCUGGAAAAAUGGAUGAAACUCAAUGUAGAAGAGGGACUGUAUAGCAGAACACUGGCUGGCAGCAUCACAACGCCACCCCUGCUGAUCGUGUUCUAUCAGCAGCACUCCACCAUCGACCCUAUGUGGAACGUUCGCCACCUCGGUUCCAGUGCUGGAAAACGAUAUUCACCCCAAUUUGUAAAGGCUGCCAAGUUACUCCAUUGGAAUGGGCACUUUAAGCCAUGGGGAAGAACUGCUUCAUACACUGAUGUCUGGGAAAAAUGGUAUAUUCCGGACCCCACAGGCAAAUUCAGCCUAAUCCGAAGACAUGUGGAGAUCUCAAAUACAAAGUAAAAUACAAAUUGUGCUAUAAGUAUUUCUCAGGAAAUCCUGGAAGACAGUGUGUGUGGGAAGUAACACUAGCUAGGCUUCGGUGCCUGUCUUCAGCAACCCAUGGAAAAAGGGACAUUUCAGCUGGGUAAAGAGGAUAGACUGUCCCAUUUGGCAGCCAGCUUCCCAGACAGACUAUAAAUAUGCCUCCAUCUGCCUUACCAAGCGUUCGCUUACUGACGGUGCUGACUGACCAGAGGUGAAUGGACUUAAGAUAUGGUUGCUACAGCCAGUUCAUCACUGCUACUUGGUUUUAAUUUUGUGACCUGUGUAAAUAAAGUGAAAACUACAUUUCUCAA